GACCUAUUGAGUUUAAUGAGAUUCCUAAAGUACGCAGUUACUCACAUACAUAACUGGUUGCAGGAUGGAGCCUUGGAGAUUCUCAUGGAGUAUACAGUGAAAACAGAUAAACUGACUAUACCAUACACAAAAGGCUCUCAAAUGCACAAAAUAAACACAGUGAAAAAAUACAGGUUUCCCCUCCUCUUUUCUUUCAGAUUUUUUUUUGUAACAACAAUAAGAAUUUAAGACAACAUUGUUAUUUUUAAAAUGACAGUGUCCUUUUUAGUACAGUUCUUCCCAACAAGGUGCUAAAAUGAUUUCAAUACAGUUUUCCUGGACAGUGUAGUGUGGGCUUAACUUUAGGCCACAUGGUAUUGCAAUUAAAAUCAAUAACAAAACUCACUGACUUAAAAGGGAGCAGGAUCAGACCAUGUAUUAUAAAUCCUGUCCCAGGCAUGGAAUUCCUGUGUUGAAAUUCACAAUUUUGUAGGGACUAAACUGAAGAUGAUGGUAAAAUAUAUAAUAUGAUCAAUGUAAUAUAUUUUAUAUUGAAAAAUAAACACACCAAUCUUGGCCUUUAACCGGUGUGUAUGGGUGUCACAUGUUCUGUUUACCUCACUGAGUAGUAUUUUAAUUUCCUAAGGCCAGCAUCUCUGUGCACUGGCAGAUUAUUUUGUUCUUUGUCAGGUUUUAAAAUAACAUACUGUACUUCUAGACAAGUGUAUCUAAUUUCAUAUGCUCUGAUCAUAUCAGGAGUAACUUUAGGAGAUUAAGGAUCUAGGGCAGUCGCAAAGUAACAAAUGUGUAUGCACAUUUUAAAUUGCUUGUUACACUGCUGGUGUUUAGUGCUGCCUUUAGGAAUUUGCAAUAAUAUUCUUUGAUUUGAUUGAAUUAGAUAACACUUCCAGAAUUCCUUCCUAAUCUCUUUAUACUCAUCUUCUGAGAAAAGAUCAGAUAUCUUUCAACAUUAUCUCUUACAAAGACAGCCUUUACCUUCACCUGAUUUGCACCACAUUUAAGAAGAUCAGAAUGUUAACCAAAUCCUGUGGUAGGGCACUGAUGUAAACGCAAGGAGAAAGAGCUGAGGAAGACUUUAAACAUGAUGGCAAAAACAAGCAAAACAAAACAAACAAAAAUAAAACCUACCACCAACAAUUUUCAGAUAUCCCUGGACAAAUUGCAUACUCCUUUACUGUUCUUUAUCUAAAAUAUCCCCUAAAAUCAAGAAGAAUUAAUUCCUUGUUAUACUUACAAGUCAUUUGUAAAAAUUAAUAACAUAGGCAGAGUUCUUGGCAUCUAAGUGAGUACAUCCAGUUAUUGUACUGUCAGAGCUAUUUCACUUCAUAAAUUUGCACAAUGUUCACGGGUUGGUGAAGUUCUAACAGACUAAAAAAAACAAACAAACAAAAAAAAACCCUUCUCCACCCCCUCCCCCCAAAUCAAAAUGAAAGCCAAAUACAGAUGUCCUCUUGAGCAACUGGUGCUUUGGUAUUUGCUCCCAAUAAUUAUAUACUUGAAUGGGAGUUUGAAAUGAAAGGAAUAAAUGUGAGGAUAUAACAUGCAUUUUGUAAUUUGCAUCACCAAAGUUACAUCCUACCACCGAAACCUUGGUUGAUUUAGAGUUUAAUUUUUUUCAGUGCAAAGUCCCUGAAAAGCAGAGAAAUGUCCAGCUAGGGAAUCUUCCUGAACAAACUUUGACAUCCACCCACCUCUACCACAAACUUUGUAUUUCUAACAAGUAUUUCUAAACACAGCGCGCACCUAGGAGAAAACCUGAAGGCCCAUCGCGGCACCAUUUACCCCGAUGUACUGCGUACAGACAUGAACCGGUUCGAUGUAGGUAGGAUGUGCACCUGGGCGAAGAUGAGGCGGCAGUUAUGUUCUGAUAUUAGUGUGUGAGCGGCGGCUAGGAGUUCAGAGCGGAGGAGAGCUGGCUCGUAGUGAAAUCAGCAGACAGGGGGCAGAUGAUACCUGUGCGGCAACUUGCCGCUGAUUCUGGACCAGGCAAUAAUGGCAAGGGGACAACGGGGACACAAACUCAGCAGGCUCGGCGUGGGGAAGGUAGGGUAAUUCAUGCCCUUCUGGGGGCCACACAACCCCAGCACGCUGUAAAGCCGCACCCCGGGCAGGCGCUGCUGCAACCCCCCUUCCUGGCACGUCUCUUGCCUCGUCACAAGUUGCUAAUCUUGCAACAAGGUCCCUGGAAUUUGGGAGCGCGGGGAGGGCGGCUCUGCGUGGGGAGGGCGCCCAGCGCCAGCGGGCAGAGACGAGAGCAGCUCAGGUUGAGCCGAGGGCGGGGGGUUGGAACUUGGCAGGGUGGAGCUGGGAGCGGGGCGGGGCUGGGAUGCCGAGGCUGCCUGUGGUGGAGGCUGCCGGGAGCUGGGCAGCAGCGUCUCCUCAGUCGUCCCAGCUGCUCUCACGGCGGGAGGCUUCUCCGGCCGCUGCCGAACGCUGCUGAAGCUCUCGGAGUAGCUGCUGUUCUGUUCCCUUCCUCACCCUUUGUUGCAAGAGCCCCCGGGCCCGGGGUGCGGCUGGCCUCGGGGACCGCCCCCUCAUGCCGUGGUUUGAAAGUGCCAGUUGCCAGGUCACCUGGAGGAAUCGCUUUAGCUGGGAGGCACCGCGGGCCCUGCCCUGCUCCGUAGUGUCGGCUCUUGAGGCUGCUGCUGCCUGGUGAAGAGGGAUUUGCAAGGAGCUGAGCCCUGGUGCAGUUGCAGCAACUAUGGGGCUGCAGCCCUUGGAGUUCAGCGAUUGCUACCUGGAUAGCCCCUGGUUCAGGGAGAGGAUCAGAGCCCAUGAGGCGGAACUGGAAAAAACCAACAAGUUCAUCAAGGAGCUGCUCAAGGAUGGAAAGAACCUUAUCGCUGCAACCAAAAAUCUUUCGGCAGCCCAAAGAAAGUUUGCCCACUCUCUGAGGGAUUUUAAAUUUGAAUUCAUUGGCGAUGCAGAGACGGAUGAUGAAAGAUGUAUAGAUGCAUCCCUGCGUGAGUUUUCAAAUUUCUUAAAAAAUCUGGAAGAGCAAAGAGAAAUCUUGGCACUGAGUGUUACCGAAACGCUGAUCAAACCUUUGGAAAAAUUUAGGAAGGAGCAGCUAGGAGCUGUAAAGGAGGAAAAGAAGAAGUUUGAUAAAGAGACAGAGAAAAACUACAGCUUUUUAGAGAAGCAUUUAAAUUUAUCAGCUAGGAAGAAAGAGCCACAGCUACUUGAGGCAGAUUACCAAGUGGAGCAAAAUAGAAAGCACUUUUAUGAGCUGUCGCUUGAAUAUGUGUGCAAGCUGCAGGAGAUACAGGAACGGAAGAAAUUUGAGUGUGUGGAACCUGUGCUGUCAUUUUUUCAGGGUAUAUUCACUUUCUAUCAUCAGGGCUAUGAACUCGCCAAAGACUUCAAUCACUACAAAAUGGCUCUGCAGAUCAAUAUCCAGAAUACAAGAAAUCGUUUUGAAGGAACAAGAUCGGAGGUGGAGGAGCUCAUGAACAAAAUCAGGCGGAAUCCUCAGGAACAUAAAAGAGCAAAUCAGUUUACAAUAGAAGGCUACCUUUAUGUGCAGGAAAAAAGGCCUGCCCCAUUUGGCUCCAGCUGGGUAAAACAUUACUGCAUGUAUAGGAAGGAGACCAAGAAGUUCACCAUGAUCCCAUUUGAACACAGGUCAGGAGGGAAAAUUGGUGAUGGGGACGUUUUCCUCCUUACAUGCUGUACCAAAAGAAAUGUGGAUACUAUAGACAGACGUUUCUGUUUUGACAUAGAAGCUGCAGACAGAUCUGUUACUCCUGUGACCAUGCAGGCAUUUUCUGAGGAGGACAGGAAGCUGUGGAUGGAAGUCUUGGAUGGAAAAGAAACUCUGUUCAUCAAUUUGUAUAGAGCCAACACAAGACAGGAGGGAAGUGCACAGUUGGAUAAGAUAGGGUUCACAAUUCUGAGAAAAUGCAUCAGUGCCGUUGAAACACGAGGUAUAAAUGACCAAGGAUUAUACAGAGUUGUGGGGGUGAGUUCAAAGGUCCAGAGACUUCUGAGUUUGCUAAUCGAUGCAAAAACCUGCAGUGAAAUUGAUCUGGAAAACUCUGUAGAUUGGGAAGUGAAGACGAUUACUAGUGCUAUGAAGCAGUACCUGAGAAGUCUUCCAGAGCCCCUAAUGACGUAUGAGUUGCACAGAGAGUUCAUCAUUCCUGCCAAAAGUGGCAGCCCUGAGACCAGAGUUAACGCUAUCCACUUCUUGGUUCAUAAACUUCCAGAGAAGAACAAAGAGAUGCUGGACAUUUUGGUGAAACAUUUAGCAAACGUUGCAGACCAUGCCAAGAAAAAUCUAAUGACUGUAGCAAAUUUAGGAGUAGUAUUUGGACCAACCUUAAUGAGGCCACAGGAAGAAACUGUGGCAGCUAUUAUGGACCUAAAGUUUCAGAAUAUCGUGGUGGAAAUCCUUAUAGAAAACCAUGAGAAGAUUUUCAAAACCCUGCCUGAUGCCACUUUCCCUGAGCCAAUCUCUAUGUCAAUAUCUCCUCCAAAUGUCCCACCAAGGCAAUCGAGAAGACAAGGGCAGCGUAAUAAGCGGCCUCUGGCUGUAUAUAAUCUCUGUCUUGAGCUCGAUGAUGUUGACAACCACAGCCCUCCCAGGGAGGACACUCCUACUGGCAGUAUGGAUUCUCUUUCUUCUCACUCUCCUACACCUGCAGUCUCCAGUAGCCCCCCUGAGCCAGACAAAAAUCACCUUAUUCUGGAGAGUGGAGACCUAGCGGACUGGGCAGCCAAUCACCCCAGUCAGAUUCGUUCAUCGAUGGUCUCAUGGUUGAAUACACAGUCCACCACAACACCUACCUCAACUACCAGAACCCCAGCACCGUCAUCUUUCCCCUUCCCCACCUCUGCCACAGGGAGUGACAGACCAGCUGAAAGUGUUCUCAACAGAAGAGCAAGAGCAGUGUACCCUUGUGAGGCAGAACAUAGCUCUGAAUUAUCUUUUCAAAUAGGAGCAGUUUUUGAAGAUGUGCAACUUUCCAGAGAACCAGGAUGGCUUGAAGGAACUCUAAAUGGCAGGAGAGGGCUUAUUCCACAAAACUAUGUUCAGUUUCUUUAGCUCUCUACAUUUAACGCCCAGAAGGUGUACAUGGUAUCCAUGGAUUUUUGUUAGUCACUUCUCUCCACUUUGGUGACUGGUUUUAAUCAAGGAAGAGCUAGACAAUGGGAUGAAGAGCCUAAUCUGUAUAAAGAUAAAAUGUUGCCAAAUAGGAAUUGCAGAGAUGUGAUUUGUAAGGUGGCUUUUUUUAGGGGGCGGGGGGGGGGGGGCAGUUUAAUUUUAUGAACAGGGUUUUACAUGUGCAAAGCACAACAGCAAUAUGUUUGCAGGAUAACCUGAAUUUUAAGUCAGAUACAUGGUUGAACUCAUAGUCAGCUGUCAUUUGGAGAAAAGUUUAAAAGUAUUUACAUUGUCCUGGUGCUGAUUAAAUUGAAAUUUGAAAACUGUAUUUAUAUCCACUGUUAAAUGUUGUCAACACUCUAUUUUUCUGGUUCUGAAAAGUUAUUGGGCAAAGAGGCUCUUAUGCUGAAGGCAAAGUAAUAUUCUGAAAGGGGAGUGGAAGUAGCUGGAUCAGAUUUUCAGAUAAAUAAAAUCCACAGAGAGGGGGAUAUGAGAUUUUUCAAGUGUCUUCAAAAUGCAGAUGCCUUUAUGUGAUGUGUGUAGCUUCAUUUAUGUUAUUUUCAAGACAGGACCCAUUAACAUUUAUUGCAGGCUCCAGUACCUCCGGUUCCAUAUUGUGCAAUUUUCAAAGUACAGGUUUGUCACCCAAAAAAUCACUGUAAAUGAAAUGUUAUUUACUGUUUGUCUCUCUCUCAUGUUGUUGGAGAAUGAUUUGCUCUGUUUCUAUAAAUCAGUAACUGAAAUAAACUUCUCUUAGUUACUGGAA